AUGCCUCAAUUCGAUUGUGUAUUUAAUGAAAAUAACACCAACAGUAUAAGUAUUAAAAAACUAAAACAAAGAAAUAAAAAUUAUGAAGAUGUUAUUAAAAAGAAAGUCACUGCUCUUGAAGGUUACUAUGACAGACUUCAAGAGGCUAUUUUACAAAGAAAAAAUUUCAUAUCUACCGUUGAAAAGCAAAAAGAAAAAAUAGAAAUGGGCUUGUUAAAAAUUGAAGAAACAAAACAGAAAAUAAUAAAUGAUCUCGAAAAAUUGUCUAAAAACAAUGACGAUGUUAUUUAUGAAAUUUUAAAAGCAAAAAAGAAGAGCAAAGAUCUCGAACUUGAAGUAUUAAAACGUAAAAUCUCGAGUGUUGAAAAUGAUUUUAAAGCAACAAAAACCGAUUGGGAACAGAAGUUGGUCAAUACCGCGUCACUAAUUAACGAGAAGAAUAUAAAAGAGCAAAAAGAACUUGCGACUGAACAAAGAAUAUCUUCCAUUACUACUUGUGUUCCUUAUUUAAGUAAAAGAACUUAUAUUAUUAAACAAAUAGAAAAACAUUCAAAAACAACUUUUUCACGAGUUGAAGAUUUGUCAAAAGAUUAUCAUUCUAUAAAUAAUUUAAUUUAUAACUAUGGUUAUAAUCAACAAAGACGAUCUGCUUUACUUUUGUUUGUGAAUUCAAAUUGGAAAGUGUUUGGUGCUUUUAUUUCAAAUCAGCAAUUAGAAUCAAGCAAAUCAUUUUUAUUUAAAAUUGAAAACGAAAAAGUAAUCUUCUUUGAUAUUAAAGCAGGAUAUGAAAAAUAUGAUUUUAAAAUGAAUAACAAUACUCUCUCAUUUGGAAAUGAAUUUGAAGUUCCAGACUUAAAAAUUGUUUAUGAGACUCAAGAAAGUUAUUUUUCUGGAAAGUAUACAUCAUAUUCAAUAGAAGUUCUUCAAAAUGUUUUUAAAUAUGAUGGUGAAAUGAACGCGUUAUUUGGAAUGGAUAAAUGCACUGGAACAACUUCAUACCUUUUUUAUUAA